AUGGCAAACGCAGAGGCUGCGCCUGAACACUCACCGAGAAGGGCGAGGUCGCCCGCGAAGGUCGGAUCCACGAAACCGACUCGGGCUUCGUCUCUGAGGCCGACGAGCCGUCAUGAGAGUCCGAUUCGGUCCUUGCGGAGUCUCGGAGAGAAAUCGGGAAGGGCGGAAAGAUCGGUGGGAUCGCCUCGGCCGCCCGGGGACGCGAACCGGCGGAGGCCUAGCCCGUCCGAGCGGAGCUCCCUCGAGGCUCCGCCCUGGAGUCCCCCAGCGACACCUGACUGA